AUGGAUUCCCUUGUCAAAGCAAAGAUUUCUGUCCCAGAAGAUGAAAUAUCUGAGGAGAACCAGCGCGAGCUUCUUGGUAGCCUGUGCAAUGUGACAAGUUUAGAGUUGAUUGGUUUUGAAGCAGAGGUGAUGCUGAAUGAGAAUCCUGAUGAAUUUCCAAUAUUUCAUAAUCUGCGAACCUUGAGCCUUCAUAGCUGUUUUCUUAAUGGAUAUGAACUGACUGACAAAUUGGAGGCUUUAGGGAGCUUUCUUAAGAAUGCACCUUGUUUGGAGAAGCUUAGUUUGCAGUACUGCAUGUGUGGAGUCUUGGAAGGAGCUUACCAGAUGCCAAUAUCAAACUUAACAAAAUUGAUAGGUUUCCUCCGUAGUCCAUUUCUCUUUGCAGUGUUCCAUGAGGCUUUCAAGUCUGUGAAACCUCUACCUCAAGCAUAUUGA